AUGGCGCUGCGCUCGGGCAAGCGCGAGCAUUGGACUGUUUACAAUUGGCUGGACGCGGUAUGCCGUCGCCAUGCGAAGCAGCGCCGCAACGCCAGCUGGUCCAGCCUCUGCUCGUCGCUGGAAAGAGCGCGCGCCCGAUCGAGCCGGUGGCGUAUCCUUGGGGCGAUCCUGCGGCCCCGCGUGCCGCGCUGCCCCGCCCUCUUCAUCGCCGUGGCACGCGGCAUCACCAACGGACAGCUGGCCGAGCUGCUCGCCGAAACCUUCUGCCCGCCGCCCAACAUCCGUGCACCGGCGCCGUACGUGCUCCAGCCGCAACCGCAUCCGAGGCGCGAGCUGCUGGCCCCGGAGCGGUACUUUCCAACGACCGGGAUCCUCGAGGACAUCAGGGCGCUGUGCGAGGCUGACUUUACUAUCGGUGAACUUCGCACAGUGCUCGCGUCACGGAAGCGUCGUUCAGUACCAGGUUCCGAUGGCGUCACAUAUCAGAUGCUUCGAAACCUGGAAGGUGACCAGCUCCUGCUGCUGCUCGACGCCUACAACGACGUCUGGCGAACCGGCAGCAUCCCGGGCGACUGGAACGAGGCAGUGGUCGUCCCGCUACUCAAGGCUGGCAAGGCAAGGUGCUCGAGGCCAUGGCGCUUCGGCGGCUCGAGUGGAUUACUGCGGCACUCGACACCUUUGCGGCGGAGCAGAGCGGACUGCCUGGCCGACGUGAUCGCCACGCUGGAGACAGCGAAGCGCCGGGGCGAGGCAGGCUAUCUCGUUCUCCUCGACGUCGAAAGCGCCUUCGACCGUCGGCCACACGCCACCAUCCUGGAAGCACUCGAUGGGCUCGGAGUGUGCGGACGAAUGCGGACCUACGUUGCUGCGUUCCUCGGCGGCCGGACGAUGCGGGUGCGCGUGGGGGGAGCGUACUGUCGGCCACGUGCGGUUGUGACAGGAGUGCCGCAGGGCAGUGUGCUUAGCCCAUUCCUGUUUAACCUCGCGCUGGGACGCAUCCCCGACUACAUUCCACAGUUCCCGACGCACGAGGUUCGCGUCGCAGUUUACGCAGACGACAUCGCGUUGUUCGCGAGCGGCCCCACCAGUGUCGGCUCUGUCGUGCGUGCGCGUGUGCAGCGCGCGCUGGAUGGGGUCGACGCUUACAUCAGCGGCAUUGGCCUCACCCUCUCGGCAGCUAAGACCAAGGCGCUCAUCGUACACCCAAAGUACGAGGGGCAGUACAACACGCCGGGCUUCACCCUCCAUGGAGUGCUGCUUCCGUGGCAGAAGCGUGUUCGCUACCUUGGUCUUGUCAUCGACCAGCGGCUGAACUGGUGUGCUGCGGUGGCUGCCCUGCGGAAAGGUGCCGCGCAGGUGGCGGGCGCCGCGCGCUUCCUGCUUGCUCGUGGCCAGGGAUGCUCACCGACCCUCGCGCUGCGCCUGUACAACUCCGUGGCCUCGGCGCGGAUCCUGUACGCGCUGCCCUUGGCGGACCUGCAGCCGACGCAACGGAAGGUAAUGGACGCGGAUCACCGAGCCGUCGUCCGCCAGUUCCUGUGCCUCCCGCGGUCGUCACAAAGCGGUGGCACUCUCGCCGACUGGGAGGUGCCGCGUGUUGAGCGCGGUCUCGUCUACACACGCGGAGCUGGCGGCCAUCGACUUGGCGGCCGAGCUGAUCUCUACCGACGGCGCAUCCCUGCGGCGGCCAUCCUGACGGACUCCGGCGCAGCGCUGCACAUGCUGGCCAGGGCAGACCACGGACGCCCGCUGAUCCAGCGCCUCCUACGAAAGAUGCGCGGCGUUUGCGAGCAGGGAUGCGACCUCGUUCUGCAGUGGGUGCCGUCCCACAUUGGUACACACGGGAGCGAGGAAGCGGACCGGCUCGCGAAGGCCGCCCACACGGCGCCUGUACCUCGGUCGCUCGUCGUGACGCCUUUCGAUGUCGCCCGUCACACCGUGGCCGGCAUGCUGCGAGCGCGACACCCGGACCCCCGCGCCGCCAGUGGCAACCCGCCGAGACUGCUGCCGCGAACGGGCCUUCAUCGACGAGACCGGGCGCUACUGCUUCGUCUCCGCAUCGGCUGCUACCUCACUGCGGCAAGGACGCACCGCCUGCAAGGUACGGGGAGUCCCUUUUGCCUCAAGUGCGCCGAUGUGGAGGACUUGGAGCCUGUACUUUUGCUGUGCCCGGCGUACGCGGCACAGCGUGACGCGCUCACGAGAGCUUACCGCCGCCUCGGCCUGCCGUGCGACAGCACCGAGGCGCUGCUCUUCCCGGCGGCCCAUUCAUCGGUAAUCGGGCGCGCCUUCACGGCGCUGCUCGAAUACUUGGACGGCGCGGACAUGUACGAGCGGGUGUAG